UUCUUGACUGAAAUUUGCAUCCUAAUCAACUCUUCAGGCACUCAAGAAGAAGCAGCAGAGGCCUACGACAUUGCUGCAAUCAAAUUCCGUGGACUGAGUGCCGUUACUAACUUUGAUAUAACAAGAUAUGACGUAGACAAGAUCACAAACAGCAACACUCUCCUUCCAAGAGAACUCGCUCGCAGGAUCAAAACCAUAGAAGGCAAUAACAAUGUUACAGUUGCUCAAAGCAGUUGCAGAGAGCUCCAGCUAAUUUCUGAACAAAAUGAAUACCAGCAAUUCUCAAACAAUCUGCAGGGUUUCGAUGAUUCAGGCAAAAUGGUGAACCAUCACUUGUCGAAUUCUUCGUCUCUGGUGACUAGUUUGAGUAGUUCUGCAGAGGCGAGCCCAGACCGAAGCGGGCUGCCGAUGAUCUUGGGGAAGCCAGUGAACUCAUGGGGGCCUAUGGGUCAAUUGCCAGUGUUUGCAGCUUGGGCUGAUAUUUCUUAAGUUCUCAUCUGAUUAGAAGUGAAGAUUAGCAACUUGUAGUCUCCUUUUGGGUUUUAAGUAGAAUAUGGAGGGCAAGUCUCUUUUCCUUUUCCUGUGGCUUGAAUAUGGGAGCUUUCUCGAGCCAAUGGAUAAGGGUUUUUGCAAUGUGAGAGGCCUUGGGAUUUAAGACUAAUUAUAUUUCAGUAUGAUGUUGCUAAUUUGAAUGGUAUGUUACUACUUUUUUUUUUAAUGCAAAAUUUAGUUUUGGCCA